AUGACGUCGAAGUCUCAACGCAACGAAGAAGGAGAGCCGGAAGCUAGGAGGGACACUGCCAGAAAACGUGACAAGAGCAGGGUAAGAGAGUCUUCUUCCAACCCUCCUGUUGGGGGCAGGAGCCUUGGGGAAGAGGGAGAAGUUUCUGACACCAGCCAACUCGACGAGAAGAUCCUCGGAGUUGAGGCUGGUCUGUCGGCCUUGAACAUGCGACUUGCAGUUUUCGAAAAUAACUUCACCACCCUCGAAACAGUUGCUCUUGAAGGUUUCGAUGAGGUGAAGGGUAACCUUGAAGAGCUUGAAGAGGUUAACAAGGAAGGACUGACCAACCUCGAACUCAAGCUCACCGAAGCUCUCUCCUCUCUUCACCGAGAGUUUGAGACCUUGAAGAGGCAGGUUGAUGAGACUGCCACUGCGGGAGUUGCUGGUCCCGUCACUGUCCGUGAGACACGGAUUGAAGCUCCUAAGCCAAAGGAGUUUCGUGGUGAAAGGAAUGCCCAAGAUGUUGAGAACUUCUUGUGGCAAAUGGAUGCUUAUUUCGAGCAUGUUUGCAUGACCAGUGAAGCUGCCAAGAUUCGGACAGCAGCUAUGUACUUGAGCGACACCGCCAUGCUGUGGUGGCGGAGGAAAAAGGCGGACAUGGAGAGAGGGUUGAGGGAAUUGAAGCAAACAUCCUCCAUUCGGGACUACGUGAAGGAGUUCACGAGACUCACUCUCCAAAUUCCGAGUUUGACAAGUGAGGACUUGUUGUUCUACUUCUUGGAUGGCCUCCAAAACUGGGCCAAACAAGAGCUCCAAAGGCGACAAGUUCGUGAUGUUGACGAAGCGAUCGUAGUGGCAGAAUCGCUCAAUGACUUUCGGGCAGAAGCAGCGAAGGGGAGGGACAAUCGGAGCAAAAAUGUUCCUCCAAGAGGGGAUAGCAGUCGAACCAAGAACAGGCCAGUUCCCAACAGAGGCAUCGAUACAAGAGGUAACAAUCGCAACCAACCUUCUAAUUUCCGCAAGAACUAUGAGGAUCGUAAGAAAGGCGCUCCACAUCGUGAGGGUUGUUAUAUUUGUGGUGAAACUACCCAUGCUGCCCGUUACUGUCCGUCCUUAAGUAAAUUAAAUGCAAUAGUUGCUGCUCAAAAACAGCAAGAACAGGUUGCAUCGCAAACUGGAGGUCCAUCCGGUGAGCAAGGCGGACAGGCUAGCGGGGCUGAAAAGAGUAAGAAUGUUGAUGUUGGGAUGUUUAAUCAUAUAACUCUUGCUGCGUUGGCUGCCCAGCCGGCUAGUAUAAGGCCGCGCGAAUCGUUGUUUGUCAAUGCCAAGUUGAAUGGCAAAGACGUUAGAAUUAUGGUAGACACAGGUGCAACUCACAAUUUUGUAACAAAGGAAAGGGCCACCGACCUUUGCCUGAAUUACGUUGCUAGUGAUACAAUGCUGAAAACCGUCAACGCCCUUCCCACAAUUGUCCACGGAUUCGCUCCUAAAGUUCCUAUCGGGUUAGGAGGGUGGAAGAGGCUGGCAGAUUUCACCAUUGCGCCCAUGGAUGUUUUUGACAUUAUUUUGGGGCUGGAUUUUUGGUAUGAAGUGAACGCGUUUAUUUCGCCGCGUCUCAACCAACUGCACAUUAGCGAUGCUGGAGGUUCAUACGUGGUGCCCCUUAUUCGGGUGCCACAAAACAGAGUACAUUUGUCCGCCAUACAGCUUGUUAAGGGCUACAAGAGAGGGGAACCAACCUUCCUUGCUGCCCUUGUUGGAGGCGUCGGAGACUCGAUAGAGGCAACAACCUUGCCUCACUGUGUCGAGCAGGUCCUCUAUGAUAAUAGGGACGUGAUGCCGGAAGAACUUCCCCAAUGGUUGCCACCACGGAGGGAAGUUGAUCAUCAGAUUGAACUGGUUCCCGGGGCAAAGCCACCUGCCAUGACCCCUUAUCGUAUGGCGCCCCCAGAAUUAGAGGAACUGAGGAAGCAGCUCAAGGAGUUGCUGGAAGCUGGGCAUAUCAGGCCUUCGAAGGGGCCUUUUGGUGCGCCUCUUUUGUUCCAAAAGAAGAAGGAAGGGACGUUGCGCUUGUGUAUUGAUUAUCGGGCCCUCAACAAGGUCACGGUGAAGAAUAAGUAUCCCAUUCCCUUGAUUGCAGAUUUAUUCGAUCGAUUGGGACAGGCCAAGGUGUUCACGAAAAUGGACUUGAGGAAGGGUUACUACCAAGUCCGAAUUGCUGAAGGUGAUGAGCCAAAGACGACUUGUGUCACUCGUUAUGGUGCCUUUGAGUGGCUGUUUGUGGUCAUCUAUUUGGACGACAUUGUCGUUUAUAGCAACAGCUUAGAGGAGCAUGUCGAGCACUUGUGCAAAGUGUUCAAGGUAUUGCGUGACAACGAUUUGUGUGUGAAGCGGGAGAAAUGCAGCUUCGCCCAGGCCACUGUCCAGUUCCUUGGGCACACGAUUAGCCAUGGAGAAAUAAGGAUGGACAGUGACAAGGUCGAGGCAAUUCGGGACUGGGAGGCCCCAACGAAGGUACCAGAAUUGCGGUCCUUCCUUGGCCUCGCCAAUUACUAUCGGCGCUUCAUAUUUGGGUAUUCCGCUAUUGCCACUCCACUCACUGACUUGCUGAAAAAGAGUCGUGAGUGGGAAUGGGCAGACUCAUGUCGAGAUGCCUUCGAAAAGCUCAAGGUUGCCAUUAUUGAGGAGCCUGUUUUGGCGCUACUAGACUUCACAAAAGCUUUCGAAAUUCAUACCGAUGCUUCUGAUUUUGCUAUUGGUGGCGUCCUAAUGCAAGAGGGCCAUCCGAUAGCGUUUGAGAGCAGAAAACUGAAUGAUGCGGAAUGA